CAGUACAGUUGGAACUUUGGAAGUCAAAACUGUGUCUACUAUUAAGUCGUUUAAAUAACUGUGUUAAUCAAAAAUUAUGAUGCAAUAAUAUCAGUAAAAUAUUAAGAUAAGUAGUGUUAAUCUCGCUUAAAAGUAUUAAAUUUACCAUAAAAUAGUUACAUUUUGAAAUUAAAAACUAAACAACCGUCAUUGAUGGUGGUCUCUUUAAUUUAAAUUUAACAUGAUCAAGAGAUCCAACGCAAAAGAAAUGUUUAUCAUACGUGCGUUGGAAAAGAUCCUCAGCGACAAGGAUAUUAAGAAAUCAUACCAUAGUAACUUAAGGAAAGAAUGUGAAAGUGCUCUACAGAGUAUAAAAGAAGAGUAUCAAGCGGAAGAAAAGACUGAUGAAUCUUCUGCCUUGCCAUUGCCCAAAGAUGGGAGCUCAACCAUUUCAGCUGAAAAAUAUUUUAGACCUUUUGAGCUUGCUUGUCAAAGCAAGUCAUCUAGAAUAGUAGUAACUUCGUUGGAUUGUUUACAGAAACUUAUUGCUUAUGGUCAUUUGACGGGCAACUGUACCAAUGAUACUGGUAAACCACUUAUUGAUAAAAUAGUUGAAACUAUUUGUGAUUGCUUCACUGGACAGCAAACAGAUGAAGGAAUUCUUUUGCAAAUAAUCAAAGCUCUUUUAACUGUAGUAACUAGUCAGCAUGUAGAGGUACAUGAAGCAACUAUUUUAAAAGCAGUAAAAACAUGUUAUAAUAUAUACUUAGCUAGUAGAAAUUUAGUCAACCAAACAACAGCUCGAGCAACUCUAACUCAAAUGCUGAAUGUCAUCUUUAACCGAAUGGAAGUACAAGCAUUAGAAGCAGAAUUGUAUAGUAAAGAUGUAGAAUCUGUAACAAUUGAGUAUAAUGAAAAUGAAACUAUUAUACAUAAUGAUGAUUCGAAUAAUUAUGAAAUAUCAGAUGAUUUAGUUAUUAAUGACAUAGUUAAUGAAAUAUGUGAUGCUGCAAUUGAAAGUGUAGAUUAUGAUAGAAAAACUAAAGAACUAGCUCAAGAUAUUGUAAGGUCAAUGUCAGAGGAAAGUUUAAAUGGUACUAAUGAAGCAGAAUGCAAAUCAAUUUCAGCAUUUAACCAUAUUUUACAAAAAGAUGCUUUCCUAGUUUUUCGUUCUCUGUGCAAAUUAUCAAUGAAACCUUUACCAGAAGGAACACCUGACCCAAAGUCGCAUGAAUUACGCUCCAAAAUUUUGUCAUUGCAUCUAUUAUUAUCAAUUUUGCAGAAUGCAGGCCAAGUGUUUCGUACUAACCCAAUGUUUAUAACAGCAAUUAAACAAUUUUUAUGUGUAGCUUUAUCCAAUAAUGGAACAUCUUCAGUUCCUGAAGUGUUCGAACUUUCCUUAGCAAUAUUUUUAUCUUUGUUAUCACGAUUUAAAACUCAUCUGAAAAUGCAAAUUGAGGUUUUCUUUAAAGAAAUAUUUUUAAAUAUCUUGGAAACAUCAAGUUCAACAUUUGAACAUAAAUGGAUGGUAAUUCAAGCUUUAACUCGUAUUUGUGCUGAUGCUCAAAGUGUUGUAGAUAUGUAUGUAAAUUAUGACUGUGAUUUAUCUGCAGCUAAUUUGUUUCAAAGACUUGUAGAUGAUCUUUCAAGAAUUGCACAAGGCCGUCAAGCAAUUGAAUUAGGUGCCACACUUAAUCAAGAAAAAUCUAUGCGUAUUCGUGGACUUGAAUGUUUGGUUUCUAUUCUAAAAUGUAUGGUAGAAUGGAGUAAAGAUCUAUAUGUCAAUCCAAAUUCUCAAACUAAUCUAGGCCCAGAAAAAAAUGUACGUGAUUAUGAUGCUAAUGAAUCUACAGUUACUCAAGAUAGUAUAAAUUCAUUUGAUGGUAGUGAGACUAGUGAAACUUCAAAUAGUUCUGGCAAUAAAGAAACACCAGACAUGCCUGAACAAUUGCAAGUCUUAAAGCAUCAAAAAGAAGUUUGGGAAACUGGUAUACAUAUGUUUAACCGCAAACCAAAACAUGGUAUUAAUUUUUUACAAGAGCAAAAAUUACUUGGAUCAAGUCCAUCUGAUAUUGCUGAAUGGUUUCACAUUGAUGAGCGGUUAGAUAAGACAGCUAUUGGUGAUUUUCUUGGUGAAAAUGAAGAUUUUAACAAAGAGGUUAUGUAUUACUAUGUAGAUCAAAUGAACUUUGUUAGCAAAGAUGUAGUUUCAGCAUUAAGAUUUUUUUUAGAUGGUUUCCGAUUGCCGGGUGAAGCUCAAAAAAUUGAUAGAUUAUUAGAAAAGUUUGCUAGUAGAUGGUUUGAAUGUAAUCCAAACAAUGGCCUUUUUGAUAGUGCUGAUACAUUGUAUGUUCUUUCUUAUUCUAUUAUAAUGUUAACUACUGAUUUGCAUUCACCUCAAGUUAAAACAAAAAUGACCAAAGAACAGUACAUAAAAAUGAAUAGAGGAAGCUGCAUAUCUGAUAAUAAAGAUUUGCCUGAAGAGUAUUUGAGUAAAAUUUAUGAUGAUAUUGCUGGACAUGAAAUUAAAAUGAAGUCAACUGUAAAACCUGGAAAACAACUAAUACCAAAUGAAAAAAGACGAAAAGUUUUGUGGAAUAUGGAAAUGGAAGCUAUAGCAGUUGCUGCUAAAAAUCUCAUGGAAUCUGUUAGUCAUGUUCGAGCUCCUUUUACUGAAGCAAAACAUUUAGAACAUGUCAAACCUAUGUUUAAGAUGACAUGGACAUCAUUUUUAGCUGCAUUUAGUGUGGGACUUCAUGAUUGUGAUGAUUUAGAAAUAGCAAUGUUAUGUUUAGAUGGUAUACGUUGUGCUAUAAGAAUAGCUUGUAUUUUUCAUAUGACUUUGGAAAGGGAUGCUUAUGUUCAAGCUUUAGCAAGAUUUACACUUUUGACUGCUAAUUCACCAGUUACUGAAAUGAAGGCUAAGAAUAUUGAAACAAUUAAAACAUUGAUAACUGUAGCCUACACUGAUGGAAAUUAUUUAGGCUCUUCAUGGCUAGAUAUUGUUAAAUGUAUAUCUCAGUUAGAACUAGCCCAGAUGGUUGGUACUGGUGUGCGUCCUCAAUUUUUAUCUCAAGUUAUUAGUAAAACUUAUCCACCGAUUGAAGCUUUAAGUCAAAAACUAAAUUUUACCACAUUAGAAUCUACUGGAAAAGGAUCAAUAGGUGAAACUAGUAGUCAAAGUGUGGUUGUAGCUGUUGAUCGUAUAUUUACUGGAUCUACAAGACUUGAUGGAGAUGCUAUUGUAGAAUUUGUUAAGGCACUUUGCCAAGUUUCAAUUAACGAACUUGCUAAUUCAACUCAACCACGAAUGUUCAGUUUGCAAAAAAUUGUUGAAAUAUCUUAUUACAAUAUGGGACGUAUAAGAUUGCAGUGGUCUCGUAUGUGGCAAGUACUUGGUGAACAUUUUAAUCGUGUGGGUUGUUAUCCAAAUGAAGAUAUUGCAACAUUUGCUUUGGAUUCGUUACGUCAAUUGUCUAUGAAAUUUAUUGAAAAAGGAGAAUUUGCUAAUUUUAAGUUUCAAAAAGAUUUUUUAAGACCUUUUGAAAUUAUUAUGAAAAAAAAUCGUUCACCAACCAUUAGAGAUAUGGUUGUAAGAUGUAUUGCUCAGAUGGUCAAUUCACAAGCAGCAAAUAUAAGAUCUGGAUGGAAAAAUAUUUUUGGUGUAUUUCAUCUAGCUGCAUCUGAUCAUGAUGGUGCAAUUGUUGAUAUGGCUUUCCGAACAACACAUCAUGUAAUUAAUUUAUUUUAUAAACAAAAUUGUAUAAUAAUGAUGGAAUCAUUUCAAGACGCUGUUAAAUGUUUAUCUGAGUUUGCAUGUAAUAUUAGUUUUCCAGAAAUUAGUAUGGAAGCUAUUCGCUUGUUACGCACGUGUGCAGAUUGUGUUCAUGAUAAACCUCAAAUUUUUGCUGAACAUUAUUCUGAAGAUUUAACUUCCCUUGAAGAGGAUGGUGUAUGGGUCAGGGGAUGGUUUCCCUUACUAUUUGAAUUGUCCUGCAUUGUUAGUCGAUGUAAAUUAGAUAUUAGAACUCGAGCACUUACUGUUCUAUUUGAGUUAAUCAAAACACAUGGAACAGUUUUCAAGCUUAAUUGGUGGAAAGACUUGUUUAAUGUUCUUUUUAGAAUUUUUGACAAUGUCAAGCAUCAAGAGCAUAGUGUAGAGAGAAUUGAAUGGUUGACAAUCACUUGCAAUCAUGCAUUGACCUCAAUAGUAGAUGUUUUUACUCAAUAUUUUGAUUUACUCUGCCCUAUAUUGUUACAAGACCUAUAUGCUCAACUUCAAUGGUGUAUUCAACAAGAAAAUGAUCAAUUGGCUAGGUCUAGUACAUAUUGCUUAGAGAACUUAAUUACAUCUAAUGGGUCAAAAUUUGAUAGUGCUAAUUGGGAUUGUACAUGUCAAACUAUUGUUACUAUGUUUGAUAGUAUGAUGCCAAAAAAAUCACAAAGUCAAGAAAUAAAAACUGAACUCUCAACUACAGAUAUUGGCAUUACUGUUAAAUGUACAAUUCGUCUGGAAUUAAUUCAAACUGUAGAUAAUAUUGUAUUCUUUCCAUCUACUUCACGUAAAGAAGAUCAAGAGUAUUUGGCACUAGCUCAAAAUAUUAUGAUUAAUCAGAACACAGAUAUAUUAGAGCAACAGCAAGAAGAACAAGGAAUGUACAGCAACCUUAGUUCUGAACAUUUGUUUAUGUUAAUUGAAUGUUUAUUACGAGUUCAUAAUUAUACUAAGCAAUAUAAUUAUUCUAUGUUACAAAACAUUCCUCCUCGCAGUUAUUUUAUAAUUUUAGUAAACGAAGAUGUAUCUAAUAUGGUUACACAAGAAGUUCAAAGUGUGGCUUGUAUUCUUAGAAUAGUAUUAAAAAUUAUUUGCGAUGAUUCUAGACGAACAUAUUGGAAUCAUGCACAAAGUAUAGCUGCAACAGUCAUUAAUGACUCUCUGCAAUAUUACAUAUCAUUAAAUAAUCAUAUUCAUAAAAAUGCAUGGAAUCCUAUUUUAUUACUUAUAUUUACCAAAUUAUACAAACUUCCAGAGGACAAGUUUUCAGAACAAAUGACCCAACACUAUUCUGUUUUGUGUGACAUGAUAAGUGUUGAAUUAAAACCAGAACUGAAAACUGUUCUUGGCCGUUUAUUUUCUCGUAUUGGACCGGUUUUUAAAAUUAUGUAGAUUAUUUUAGUAACAUAAUAGUAUGUAUUUUUUAAAUAAUGUGUAUUGUAAAAUAUAAAGCUCGUAAAAUUAAACAAUAUAUAUUACACAAUACAAAAAUGAUUGUAAACUAUUGAUUCUAGUAUUUGAAUAUUAAAGUUAUUUUUUAAAACAUACCUUUUCAAUUAAUAAAUCAAUUUGAUUACAUUUGUUAUCUUUUAAUGUUGUGAAUUCCGUUUAUUUGUUAUUUAUUUGGUAAAUAGAUAACCUAAUACUAGUAUUAUUAUUUA